GUUUUUAUGUGGAAUGGUUCUACUUCUGGACUCUGAACUGCUCCUUGAAUAGUAUUGUUUCAUUCACUAUAAAUACAUUGAAAUUUUAUUAUGGAGUUAAAAUGGUUUAUAUUUUUUAUAUUGUCUAUAGAAGUAAAUACUGUUUCUUCACACGUGAGAAAUUUGCAUUUUUUUAGAUGUUUGCAUGAGCAUACUUUUGAGCCAUGCAUUGUGUUUCCAGAAACCAGUUCAAAUAUGACUGUAUUCUCGUAUAAACUUGCAAAUGAAUAUUCCAAUUUAAGUAUAGACAUCCAUAAUGCAAUUGAGCUACAGAACUUAUCUUUGAUUUCUGAAGAAAAUUUAGAUAAAAUUCCUGAUGCUAUAUUGUUACUUAUUCCAGUGAAUCAUUUAUCUUCUAUAAAUCGAAAAUAUCUUAUGAAUUUGAUUAUUCAGAGGUCUAGAAGUUCUGUUGUUAAACAUUUAGUAAAAGCUUACUUGCUCGGAAACAGAGAUGAAUACUUUUAUGAAAAAUUACAGACUGUUGAUUUACCUGUGAAGUCUUUGGCAUGGAUUGCGGAUGUUAUCAGUUCUGAUGUCAAUGGAGCAAAAGAAAUCAUAAUUCAUCCACCACUUCUUUUCUACUCUCCUCCUUUUUCUCUUCUAUUUAAUAAUACAUCUGAAAAAUUAUUUUACCUCAGCCUUUGGGAGAAGUCAAACCACAUCUCUAAAGAAAUUAAUAAGGCCUAUCUAAGAUUUUGGACCUAUGCAACAAUAAAAAACAGUUUUCCAGGGCCUCUCAACAAUUGGAAUGAUCUCUGUUUAGAAAGGUGGGGUACUUUGCUUACUGCUUCUACAUCAGAUGAAUUAAAGUUGUUAAACCAUUCAAAUAUAGAUAAUUUACAAUUACUAUUUAGUUUUGGAUUUUCAACUAUUCAGUUGCGCACUUUAUUUGAAGAAUUCUCUGAACGGCUCAUGAAUUCUAGGUUGGGUUAUUUUACCCUGUCAAAUUUGCUAAUUGAGCUGUUACCAGAUCAGUUAUUACUUUUUUCAAAAAUCAUUCCAUAUAUUGAACAAUUAAAGGUUCUUCCAUCAAUUAAAUCUAUACCUACUUCAAAACAGAUUUUUGAAAUAUUGAUGUUUGAAAAAGAAAUUGGCGAUGAAGAUGGUUUUAGUUAUAUUAACAAUUAUUCAUAUGUUCUGCCUCUAAAAACUUUGUCAGAGAGUUUGAUACAUCCUUUACCACUGUCAAGUCUCAUUAAAAUUCAAUCUAACCAUUUUUCAAAAAGUCAGCUUUAUAUUUUGUCUUCAAGAAGUGAAAUGUUUGAUUUUGACUCAGAAUAUAUAUUUGAAUGUAAAGAUUUGAUAAAAGUUUUGCCUGCGAGGGAUAUUAUCUUUAAUCAGACAGCAUCUCAUGUUCUGCUGCAUUUGCUUUCUGUGGUUGCAGGAGACAAUCCUCCUCAAUCAUUUUCAGUCCUUAACAAGCUGUGGACUCUAGUUGGUUCUUCUGAUGUAUUUAAAAAAAUUCUUGCUAACAGAGAUUCUGAUGUACUACUAGAAUAUAUUCCUUCUCGUUUCGUUGCUAAAUACUUUAAUAAUAUUUUAAUUACGAUUGGAGAAAAUAUCAACAGUCACACUAAACUACCAGAUUCUUUUGUUUCUUCUUUGCUUAUCAGUUUAAAUGAAACUGAAAAAACCUUCAGUUUAUUAAAUGUAAAGGAGUCCUCAGCAUUUCUGUUUAAUGGUGUUUCAUGUUUUGACAUUUAUUUAUUGGACCCUUAUGACUUUGUUGUUUUUAUGGCCAAGUUUACUGAACAGAGAAGGAUUUCUGGAAAGGAUUUUCCAAAACCUCUACAACAAUGUUGCCUUGAUAAGUUUUUCGCUUAUAUUGAAUUGAAGUCCUCUUUAUUUCAGGGAAUUUUGGGUGAAAGUAGACUCUCUUUAUUGAAUGAGGCCGAAAUUGACUCCAUUGGAGGAUACAUUUUUUCUGCAUUGCCUAUUAAACCUGUAGCAAAAGCUAAACAUUCGAAACGAAUUAUUAAAUCCAUUGGAGAGCUUUCUUUAUCAGAAUUAAUAAUGGCUGCACCAAUAUCAAGAUUACAGGAAUUUGGAACUCUUUUGGUACAUGAUAAUUUUAUAGCUGGCAAGCAAAUUGAUUUUCCUUUAUUUGAUUUAGGAAAUUUAACUCUCUUUUUAGACAAAAAGUAUAUUACAAAAAUAAAUGAAACAUAUUUUCAACUGUUGCUUGAAAGUAGGUUCAUAGACCACAGAGUAUGUACUAACAAAUCAUCUCGCUUAGCUUGGUUUAAUUUUCUAAAACAAUGUUUUGGAGAAACUAGUAAUUGGACUUACCAAACGUUAGUCACACUUGGCGAUUUAUUGAUUGUAGUACCAGAUAAAGAACUUGACAAAAUACCAUCAAAUUCAUGGAAAUAUGCAGCUGAUGUUUUAAUUUCACACUAUAAUGACAUUAUUAAGUAUUCGCCUUCUUUAAAGUUUUAUGAGGUCUGCAUGCUACAGCUAAGUUCUGAUGAAGCCCAAUGGUAUUUUAAUGAUUUAAAACAAUUGGUGAAAGUAUUUGCUAGUGCUGCACAGUUACAGCUGAAUACUGUUACUACUGCCGAGGAGAUAAAAAAGAAAAAAAAUUCAAAUGGUGGACUUUUCACAUUCAUUAAUUCAAGAAAAUCAAAUAUCAAAAUCUCCCGACAUUCUAUAAAAAACGUAAUCAAAACUGAAAAAUCUUUAAUGGAAAACGAAACAGAUCCUCAUGUUACUGGCACUAUAAAUAAAGAUGAAAUUGGGUUUUCCAAUGUAAUGUUGGGCAAUGAAUCCUCUUCCACCCCGAGAUUUCCUAAUGUUCAUAGCAUUGAUUUGGAAAAUAUAACAGAAACAGUUGUAAAUGAUGGGUGUAGUUUUUCAACUGGUUGUCGCAAUUAUUUUCCAGAAGAAAAAACUACACAUUAUUUUGAUUCCACCUCUGUAACAUCCGCUAAUGAAAAUAAAUCCUCUGCUUUUUAUCAAAAUGGCAUUUCUAAAGAAACGAAUGGAAAGACUGACCCUGUCAGUGAACAGCCUAUUUUUAAAUUUAACAGUAUCAAUGAAACAAAUAUAACCUCUAGUAAAGAAACGUCUACACUUUUUAAUAUUUCUGAAAAAUAUUUGUAUCCUACUACUACAUUAGAUGAUGUUACAUACAUGAAUUUUCCUAGUUCAACUGGCAAGAAUAACUCUGUUUAUUCGUAUGAUCUUGAAAAUACUAAAGAUUAUUUUACUACAAAAAAUUGCAGCAAUGGUGCAAUGGAAAGUUCAACAACUUCAUUUCAAAAUGAACUCGCAACAUCUGCAAUGGAGGUUUCCUCAAAAAUAUACAGUAAUAUAUAUAAUUUUAAUACAUCUGGUUUUGAAAUAGAUUACAAUAAUUCACUAUCGGAAUCCUAUCCGUUAAACACUGCAAAUAAUACGAUAACUGUAGAUACAAGUACAGCUGAAGUUAGCCCAUCAAUACACUCUGAAGAACUCAUCACUGACAGUUCUGAUCAUACAUCCAAAAUGAGCUCCACACCAAUAAGUACAACUUUUAAUGAGAAUAUAAAAAAUAAGUUCAAAUUUAUGGAUAAAACCCAACUUGAAAAUUUAUUAAAGAACAAUAAUACUAAAACCGAAUUUUUAAAAUUCAACUUUUCAUCACUUGGAAUUAAAUCAAGAAAAAGCAGUUUUAAUAUAAUUGGAAGUGCUCGAAAAGGAAGAGUGAAGAGAUCAGUAGGACAAUACUCUUGUGAAGCUCUGAAGAUGGUUGGAAAAUUGGCUGAAAUUAUAGUUUCAGUUGAACUUAUUCAAACCAUGUCCAAGGAAGAUUUAAAUGAGUGUGUCGAUUUAUUUUCUGAAAUGGAUUUACCUAUGAAUGUUAAGAAUCUGAUUUGGAGUAAACUGAAAUUGGAUCGUAUAUUUUUGUACGGAAAAUUAGUCAGCGCCAUUAAUAGCUCAGAUGUGGAGAAUAUGAAUUUGUCUAUAUCAGAUCCUUGGGCAUUAGAAAUCAUAAAUCUCAUAGCGAGAUAUUCAAAUGAUCCGGACGUGAAAGAACACGUCAUUAAAAGUGUUAGUGGUACAAAAAAGAAGCAUUAUACUGUAGAAAUACUAGUAACACUUGGAUCAUUAAUUUGUAAACUACCUGAAAUAAAUUCUCAAUUAAUUAAGCCAUCAGAACUUCUAAAAGCUUCUGUAAUAUUAGGUAGAAAUCUUCCAUGUAAUUAUUCCUGUUUACAAAAAAUAGCUAAUAUUGCCGCUAAAGAAGGGGCUUUUGAAGAUCCUUCAAAAUGGAGUGCUAAGGAUGUUGCAGACCUUGGUAUUAUUGUCGCAGGUUUAGAACGUAUUCAUUGGAAAAAACUACUUCAUUCAAAGAAGAAGCCACUCAGGGGCAUAUCAGAACAGGCUUUCAAAUGUCUUCCUCCAGAAUAUAUAGAGGAAUUAGAACUACAGUAUAAUAUGAACUUAUCCAAAAUAUAUUUGAAAGGGCCAGAGUUAUUUGACAGAUCUAUCCAUUUUGAUUUUUUUGGAACUGUUAAUGAUUCUUUUACAGUUUUCAAUGAGUUUACAUCGCAUUCUGUCCAGUUGACCUCAUUUUAUUUAAGUUUCCCUUUGCAAAUAUUAUUUAUUGUUACUCUUCUAAUCUUAAAUCAUUAUUAGAUUUUAUUGUAUCAUGGAAUAAAUUUUAUUCCAAGAGUGUAUUAUUUUAUUUCUGAAGCAGAUAUUUAUUAAAUGCUUUUUAUUCAUUAUAUUGAGGUGGGAAAAAUCUAGUCACUGUUUCUUAUUUUAUUUAUAUACAAAUUGUAUAAAAAUAUUUAUUCAGUAUAUAAUGCACAUAAUUUUAAUUUUGUAUGAUUUCUGUUACUUGUCAGAUAAUUAAUAUUUGUUAUUAAAUAAUGAUUAACAAGAAUUAUAAUAUUACCUCCUGUGGAUUAAAAAAUAAAUAAAUAAUAUUAUUGAAUAAAAAGAAAGAAUCCUUUGGGAAUAAUGGGGAUAAGGUUCAAUGAUGUUUGUGUAAAUCAGCCAGUGUAUUAAUAUGUAUUAAAUAAAAAUGUUAAAAAGUUUUAA